GCUCCGGCUCCGGCUCCGGCUCUAUCGGUGGUGGAGGCCAGGGUGGUUUCGGAGGCGGAUUUGGCCUUGGAGGACAGGGCUCAGGCUCCGGCUCCAUCGGCGGCGGAGGAAAGGGCUCAGGUUCAGGCUCCAUCGGCGGUGGAGGCCAGGGAGGUUUCGGAGGCGGAUUUGGCCUUGGAGGACAGGGCUCAGGCUCCGGCUCGAUUGGCGGCGGAGGAAAGGGCUCAGGUUCGGGCUCCAUCGGCGGUGGAGGCCAGGGAGGUUUCGGAGGCGGAUUUGGCCUCGGAGGACAGGGCUCAGGCUCCGGCUCGAUCGGCGGCGGAGGAAAGGGCUCAGGUUCGGGCU